UUUUCUGUCUUUGUAGCCAUGAGGUGGUUUAUGUUGGCGGCCUGCUUGCUCUUGAUGCUGCUGGAGGCGGCGGACGGGGGAGGGGGCGCUCAGGCCGGGGGACUGGCAGAGAGGCGGGAAAGACGGGAGGUCGUGUCCGCGUCCGUGUCGGACCAGCCAGCGCCUGAGGUGGACAAAGACCAGCCCAAGGCCAAGAGGAAGAAAACGCCUCAGGAAGUGGAGGCAGCUAAAGCCAGGAAGGCGGCGGAGAAGGAAGCCAAGGCCAAGAAGCAGAAGGCGCCCAAGCCCACUAAGAAACCCAAAGCGCCGAAGAAGCCAAAAGCCACCAAGAAGCCCAAAGCCCCCAAAAAACCCAAAGCAACCACAACGACGGUAGCAACCACAACGACGGCAGCGACAACGAGCGCAAGUACCAAGGCGACGCCAGACACCAAACAGCUAUCUAAACCCAGCACGGUUCCAACUAGCAGAUAUGUGCCCCCUGUGCAACCCCAGUGGGUGGAGCCAGAAGAACCCGACCUGGUCAAGAGGAUCCCAGGCAGAGACAAAAAUCCGCUGACCACUCCGGAGGUGAUCAUGUACAUCCCAGAGGAGACCACCGACGUGCCCUUGGUAAUCCCCUGGUACGAGGACUACGACUACGACGACCUCGCCAAGAAGAAGCAAGAGCAAGAGGAGGAGCAAGCACGUCGGGAAAAGGCUGAAAAGGCGGAAAAAGCCGAGCGUCUGAGGAAGAAAUGGGAGGAGGAGGAAGAGGAGAGACUUAAAAACCUGGUAGAUCCUCCGGAACCCAAAAAAUGUCCUCCUCUGGGUUUGGAGUCUCACCGCGUGGAAGACGAUCAGCUACUGGCCUCCUCGCAGUCCACGCACGGAUUUGCCGCCCAGAGGGGAAGACUGAACAUGCAGGGCUCCACCAACAACCAAGAUCUUUUCGGAGGUGCGUGGUGCGCAGAGCCCGAGGAGACGAAUAGCUGGUUUGAGGUAGACGCUAGAAGGGAGGUGGAGUUUUCUGGGGUCAUCACGCAGGGAAGGAACUCUGAGCAGAUUGAGGACUUUGUGUCAUCCUAUUUCGUGGCCUUCAGCAACGACAGCCGCGAAUGGGAGAUUCUUCACGACGGCUACGCCGAAUGGUUGUUUUACGGCAACGCCGAUAGCGACACGCCGGUUCUCAACCAGUUUUCAUGGCCGGUGGUGGCGCGCUAUAUCCGGAUCAUGCCGCAGAGCUGGAACGGCAGCUUGUGUCUGCGGGCUGAGAUUCUGGCCUGUCAACUUCCAGGUAGCCACCACAGCGAGAAUGAAGUCAGGUCUUCUGAUGAGCUGGACUUCCGACAUCAUAACUACAAGGACAUGAGACAGAUGAUGAAGGUCAUAAACGAGGAAUGUCCCAACAUCACUAGAAUCUACAACAUCGGUAAGAGCUCUCAGGGCCUCAAAAUGUACGCCAUGGAGAUAUCAGACAACCCAGGGGAACACGAGCUGGGCGAACCAGAAUUCCGAUACACCGCAGGGCUCCAUGGUAAUGAGGUGCUGGGACGAGAACUUCUCCUCCUUCUGAUGCAAUUCCUAUGCAAGGAGUACAAGGACCAAAACCCUCGUGUGCGCCGCCUGGUGGACGGAGUGAGGAUUCACCUGGUGCCAUCCCUGAAUCCCGAUGCGUACGAGCUGGCCUUCGAGGCGGGAUCUGAGAUGGGCAACUGGGUACUGGGUCAUUGGACUCAGGAGGGUUACGACAUUUUUCAAAAUUUCCCGGAUCUUAACAGCAUUUUGUGGGGGGCGGAAGACCGCGGCUGGGUUCCUCGCUUCGUACCAAACCAUCACAUUGCCAUGCCAGAGAACUUCCUUAACGGAUCUAUGGCCGUCGAAACCAAAGCCGUCAUUUCUUGGAUGGAGCGCACUCCCUUCGUGCUGGGCGCCAACUUGCAAGGCGGCGAGAAACUGGUCACAUACCCUUUCGACAUGCAGCGGCCGCAAAUUUCACUGAUGGACGACCAACGCUGGAGGUCCAACGGUGACAUGAACGAGGACACGUGGGCUCGGAUUCAGCUUCAGAACCAGGGUGCCUCGCGGGAGACGCCCGACGAGGUCAUGUUCCGCUGGCUGGCCAUGUCGUAUGCCCACAGUCAUUUAUCCAUGACAGAGGUCCAGCGCGGAUCUUGCCAUGGUGACGAUGUCACCUUGGGCCAAGGCGUCACUAACCGUGCCGGCUGGAAGCCCGUAGUGGGCAGCAUGAACGACUUCAGCUACCUGCACACCAACUGCAUGGAGAUCUCAGUGUUCUUAGGCUGCGACAAAUUCCCGCACGAGAGCGAACUUCCUAUGGAGUGGGAGAACAACCGGGAGGCUCUGCUGUCCUUCAUCGAGCAGGUCCACCGUGGGAUAAAAGGUAUGGUCAAAGACACGGAGGGAAACGCACUGGCCAAUGCCACCAUAUCCGUGGAGGGGAUACGCCACGAUGUCAUCACCGCUUCGGGCGGAGACUACUGGCGCUUGCUGAAUCCCGGUGAGUACCGUGUGACUGCCAAGGCCGACGGUUACACGCCGCAGACACGCCUGUGCAUGGUGGGCUACGACUCGGGUGCCACGUCCUGCAGCUUCACCUUAGCGAAGUCCAACUGGGACCGCAUCAAGCAGAUCCUAGCGCUCAACGGCAACCGGCCCAUCCGAGUGGUGGCCAAGGCAGAGCGGGCCAAGCCCACGUCGGCCGGCGCUGUCACCGUCUCCCCGGAAGAGGAGCACGCUGCCGCCCAGCGGGCAGAGCGACUGCGCCGGCUGCGGAUCCUGCGACUUCGUCGGCUGCGGCUGCUGAAGCAACGUGCCGGACAAAGGACGACGCCCGUGACUGCCGCCCCCCCGACGACGACUGUCGCCACCACCACCACCACCACAAGGAAACCCACAACAACAACUUCCUGGUACGACUCCUGGUUCCCCGUGGACAACCUGUCCACAGAGAACCCCUUCGACAGCAUCAACUUUGACUCUGUGCCCACUGAGGACUAUCCCUUUCAAUUCACCAUCGACUGA